AUGCCAGGCACCAGAGCAUCCCAGGCCCAGGGGGUACUAGACCCCCAGCGCAGCAUCAGCCCCCCUGACAGCAUCGUGGUCCUCCCGCAGCCCGACGGCACCCGUGCGCCCAUGGAGAUAGUGCUCCUGAACAAGGUGGGCUCCGGCUUCCACGGUGUCAUCCAGCUCCUGGACUGGUUUGAGCUCCCGGACAGCUUCGUGCUGGUAAUGGAACGUCCGGAGCCAUGCCAGGAUCUCUUUGACUUCAUCGCGGAGCGAGGGUGCCUGUCGGAGGAUGUGGCGCGGGGGCUUUUCCGCCAGGUGCUGGAGGCCGUGUGGCACUGCCAUAACUGCGGUGUCCUGCACCGGGAUAUCAAGGACGAAAACAUCAUCGUCAACCUCGACACCGGUGAGCUGAAGCUCAUCGACUUUGGUGUUGGCACGUUCCUCAAGGAGACCGUCUACACCCAAUUUGCCGGAACACAGGCGUACAGCCCGCCGGAGUGGUUCUGCUACCACCGCUACUAUGGGCGUCCGGCAGCAGUCUGGUCCCUGGGCAUCCUGCUCUACGUCAUGGUCUGCGGGGAUGUCCCCUUUGAGCAGGAGAAGGACAUCGUUCGGGCCCGGCUUGUCUUCCGGCAGCGGAUCUCUCCAGAGUGCCAGCACCUCAUCAGGUGGUGCUUGUCCUGGCGCGCCUUGGAUCGGCCGUCCGUGGAAGACAUUUUCAACCAUCCUUGGCUGCAAGGCGUUCAUCUGCCUCAGUAG